AUGUUCUUAUCAUAUAUAUUAUUAAAGACAGAAAGGUCUUCUGACCAAAUCUCCCAAGAAUCAAGCCGUGAUGAGCUUGGCGAGGACCAAGCCUUUGAGGUUAAGCAGUUUCUCCUAAACAUCCAAGUCGGUCGGAUUGUGGUGAAUGAGGCACACUUCGCCAAGAGACCCAAAUCGACACUAAAGCAGAUGAUCCGCAUUAUCAAGCACGAAGAGCUAUGCCUAGCCUCUGCUGCCAUGCUGUCGAACAGCAUCCACGACUUCUUCGGCUACCUCGGUUUAGGUUAUCUUCGCCUCGAGGUCCUACCACAGGAUGGCGACCCCUUUGGCAAAUAUAAGGACUUGCUGUCUGCGCUUUUCAUGUCAGCAAAGAAACAUCUCCCCCGCGUCACAAGAAUCGAUGUGUUACCACUAUUUUGA